AUGCCCAUCCAGUGGCGGAAAUCGUUUGAUUCGGCCGUGCUCCUCGUAUCUUGGCGCCUCGGGAAAGAACGCAAAGCCAGAGUGUUCGACAACAGCGUGCAUUCAGUGAUGCAGGUGCUGUCCCUGACCAUCGAGGAAGCCAAUGAUUGGAUCACGGCUGGGUUCACGGCCAUCUCCACGUUCUUGGUCGCUGGAAGUUCGUAG